AUGCCUGGAAACAAGUAUAACGGUAGUAUCACCGUUCCCACAUCUCGAAUCGAGAGGCUCUUGAGAGAAAGAGAGCUUAGGAAAAGCAGCAGAGCUUCACAUUCUAAUGAGCCUGUUGAAGGCGGCAUUAGAACAGAACUCACUGAGCAUGAUUUGCGCCUGAGAGACCGGGAGAAGGAUGGCUCAGCAGCGCAUUCCUUUGUUGAGAAAUAUUUGGAAGGUGCUUUGGCUGCCCCACCACUUAAUGAUGGAUGGGAAGGGCUUGAUGGCAAGCCCGUCAGGCAAAGGCUCUUGGUCGUGGCCAAUAGGCUUCCAGUCUCUGCACAUAGGUUGAAGGAGGACUCCUGGGCUCUGGAGAUAAGUGCUGGUGGUCUUGUGAGUGCUUUACUUGGGGUUAAGGAAUUCGAAGCAAGAUGGAUUGGCUGGGCUGGUGUGAAUGUACCCGAUGAAGCAGGGAAGAAAGCACUUACUAAAGCACUAGCUGAAAAGCGGUGUAUUCCGGUCUUCCUUGAUGAAGAGAUAGUUCAUCAAUACUACAAUGGAUAUUGCAACAAUAUUUUGUGGCCGCUAUUCCAUUACCUUGGACUUCCACAGGAAGAUCGUUUGGCAACUACCCGAAGUUUUCAGUCCCAAUUUGCUGCGUAUAAGAAAGCAAAUAAAAUGUUUGCGGAUGUAGUACACGAGCAUUAUGAAGAGGGCGAUGUUAUUUGGUGUCAUGACUAUCAUCUCAUGUUCCUUCCUAAAUGCCUUAAAGAACAGAACAGGAACAUGAAAGUUGGUUGGUUUCUGCACACACCUUUUCCGUCAUCUGAAAUCCACAGGACUCUGCCAUCUCGUUCGGAGCUUCUACGUGCAGUUUUAGACGCUGAUUUGGUUGGCUUCCAUACGUAUGACUAUGCAAGGCACUUUGUUAGUGCUUGUACGCGUAUACUUGGACUGGAAGGUACCCCUGAAGGGGUGGAGGAUCAGGGACGGCUGACACGUGUUGCUGCAUUUCCUAUUGGGAUAGAUUCGGAACGAUUCAUUAGAGCCCUUGAACUUCCUCAAGUGCAGGCUGAUAUUAAAGGUCUGAAAGAAAGAUUCAGUGGGAGAAAGGUUAUGUUAGGGGUUGAUCGGCUCGAUAUGAUUAAAGGAAUUCCUCAAAAGUUGUUAGCAUUUGAAAAAUUUCUUGAAGAAAAUGCACACUGGCAUGAGAAAGUGGUUUUGCUACAAAUAGCUGUACCAACAAGAACAGAUGUGCCUGAAUAUCAAAAGCUUACAAGUCAAGUUCAUGAGAUUGUUGGACGCAUCAACGGAAGAUUUGGUACUAUUUCCGCAGUUCCAAUUCAUCAUCUGGAUCGUUCUCUUGAUUUCCAUGCACUCUGUGCACUUUAUGCUGUUACUGAUAUAGCACUUGUGACAUCAUUGCGGGAUGGAAUGAAUCUUGUGAGCUAUGAGUUCGUGGCGUGCCAAGAUUCAAAGAAAGGAGUUCUCAUCCUCAGUGAGUUUGCAGGGGCUGCACAAUCUUUGGGUGCUGGAGCAAUCCUGGUAAAUCCUUGGAAUAUAACCGAAGUUGCAGCUGCAAUAGGCCAAGCUUUAGAUAUGUCCCCUGAAGAAAGGGAGAAACGUCACCGACAUAACUUCUCACAUGUGACCACCCAUACUGCUCAAGAAUGGGCUGAAACUUUUGUCAGUGAACUAAAUGACACUGUCAUUGAAGCUCAGCAGAGGAUAAGAAAAAAUCCACCACAACUUAAUGUACCUGAUGCAAUCAACCGCUACUUGGAGUCUAAUAACAGACUGCUCAUACUGGGUUUCAAUGCUACCCUAACUGAACCUGUGGAUACUCCUGGAAGAAGAGGUGAUCAAAUAAAGGAAAUGGAACUGAAAUUGCAUCCGGAGAUGAAAGGAGCAUUGGCGGCUCUCUGUAAUGAUCCAAAGACAACAAUUGUUGUCCUUAGUGGAAGUGACAGAAGAGUGUUAGAUGAAAACUUUGGUGAGUACAACAUGUGGCUAGCAGCUGAGAACGGGAUGUUUCUAAGAAAUACCAGAGGAGGAGAGUGGAUGACAACAAUGCCUGAGCAUUUAAACAUGGAAUGGGUGGAUAGUGUGAAGCAUGUAUUCGAGUAUUUCACUGAAAGGACACCACGAUCUCACUUUGAACUCCGGGAAACAUCAUUAGUUUGGAAUUACAAAUAUGCAGAUGUGGAAUUUGGACGAUUGCAAGCCAGAGACAUGCUUCAGCACCUUUGGACAGGUCCAAUCUCUAAUGCAUCGGUUGAUGUUGCUCAGGGAAGCAGGUCUGUUGAGGUACGGGCAGUUGGUGUUACCAAGGGAGCUGCAAUUGAUCGUAUAUUGGGGGAGAUUGUUCAUAGUAAAGCUAUUACUACACCUAUUGAUUACGUAUUGUGCUUGGGUCACUUUCUUCAAAAGGAUGAGGAUGUCUACGCAUUUUUUGAGCCAGAGCUGCCUGCUGAUGCACUGAGCCAUUCAAAACUCAAAAUAAAUGAUCCGAUGCAAUUACCUGUUGAAAGGCGAACAGUUCCAAAAAUUCCAACCAGUAAAAGUAGCUCAAAAUCAUCCCAUAAUAGGUCUCAACGACUGCCCAACUCCGGCGCUGGGAGGCGUCCAUCCCCUGAAAGGACGUCCUGGAAUGUGCUUGACCUCAAGAAGGAAAACUACUUCUCUUGCUCUGUUGGUCGAACUCGAACAAAUGCGAGAUAUCUCCUCAGUACAUCAACUGAUGUCGUUACAUUCAUGAAGGAACUGGCAGAUGCAACUUUGUCGAGCACCUUGUAA